CUGCGUUCCCAUUGGUGACCGGGCUCUCCCGGUUCCCGUUACCUGCCCCCGCUGCGUCCUUCUGCCCGCAGUAGCCAUGGCGGCCAUGAGUCUGUUGCGGCGCGCCUCGGUCACGGCGGUGACCGCUCUGUCGGGCCGCUGCCUGGGCGGCCGGCUCGGACUCGGGGGCUUUCUCCGCCGCAGCGUGCCCGAGGCGGUCGCUCCUGUUCGACAUAGCGGAGAUCACCAUGGGAAGAGACUGUUUAUCGUCAAGCCUUCUGGAUUCUAUGAUAAGCGGUUUUUGCAUUUAAUGAGAUUCUACAUUUUGUUGACUGGGAUUCCAGUGGCAAUUGGCAUAACUCUGGUGAAUGUAUUCAUUGGUGAAGCUGAAUUAGCAGAAAUUCCAGAAGGCUAUGUACCAGAACAUUGGGAAUAUUAUAAGCAUCCUAUAUCAAGAUGGAUUGCACGGACUUUCUUUGAUUGUCCUGAAAAGAAUUAUGAAAAAACAAUGGCUGUUCUUCAAAUUGAAGCUGAAAAGGCUGAAUUACGGUUAAAGGAGCUGGAAGUACGAAAAUUAAUGCGUGAGAGAGGUGAUGGUCCCUGGUAUCAGUAUCCAACCAUUGAUAAGGCGCUUAUCGAUCAUUCUCCAAAAGCAUCUCCUGACAACUAAUCUUCUAUUUCAUAAAAAGUAUAUUCUCUUUAGGGGAAAAUAUAAAUAUAUUCUGUUGUUGUUGUUGUUCUGAAUAAAUGAUGAAUACAAGA